CGCCAUAUUGCGAUUGCAGUGUUCAGGGACGCUUUUAUGAAGUGCCGUGGAUACAAAUAGACAAACUCAUUUUUGAAAUUAUGACUCAGACUGUGCAGUCUAAUGGGAUCCAGCCACUAAGUAAGACGUGGGAACUCAGUUUAUAUGAGUUACAAAGGACGCCUCAGGAAGCCAUUACAGAUGGAUUGGAAAUUGCAGUGUCUCCAAGAAGCUUGCACAGCGAGCUGAUGUGUCCCAUAUGCCUGGAUAUGUUAAAAAAUACCAUGACCACAAAAGAGUGUUUGCACCGUUUCUGUGCUGACUGUAUCAUCACAGCUUUGCGCAGCGGAAAUAAGGAGUGUCCAACAUGUCGAAAGAAGUUGGUUUCAAAGCGAUCUCUGAGGCCUGAUCCAAAUUUUGAUGCUCUAAUAAGUAAGAUUUAUCCAAGCCGGGAUGAGUAUGAGGCCCAUCAAGAACGUGUCCUGGCACGUAUCAGCAAACACAACAACCAGCAAGCUCUGAGUCACAGCAUCGAAGAGGGCCUGAAAAUACAGGCCAUGAACCGACUGCAGAGAGGUAAGAAGCACCAGAUUGAAAAUGGAAGUGGUGCAGAAGAUAAUGGUGACAGUUCUCACUGUAGUAAUGCCUCAGUGCACAGCAACCAGGAAGCAGGACCCAGUAUUAAAAGAACCAAGACUUCAGACGACUCUGGCCUCGACAUGGACAACACCACAGAAAACGGAAAUGGAGAUAUGGCACUUGAUGGAGCUAGUGAAAUUGAGCUUGUGUUUCGGCCUCAUCCAACACUAAUGGAGAAAGAUGAUACUGCACAGACCAGGUACAUUAAGACAUCUGGGAAUGCCACAGUAGACCAUCUUUCGAAAUACUUGGCAGUCCGCCUUGCUCUUGAAGAACUGCGAAAAAAUGGAGAUGCUAAUCCCAUCAAUAUGGAUGCUGCAAGUGAGAAACAAUACACAAUCUACAUUCCCACUUCCAGCGGCCAGUUUACGGUACUCAAUGGUUCUUUCUCACUGGAGCUGGUCAGUGAAAAAUACUGGAAGGUUAACAAACCUAUGGAGCUGUACUUCGCACCAACUAAAGAGCACAAAUAGAGGAAAGACAUCCUAAUGCGAACUGAGAACUCUCUUCUGUACCCUUACAGUGUGUCUGUUUGGAUUUACCUGGUUCCAGAAAGCACUCUUUCCUGGAUGAAGUGUUGCUGCUUUUUUUAAAUAUACAAGCUUGAGGGGGUUCAUUUGUAUUUUGGAGCUUCACAGACAUCCUUGGCAGAAAUAAUUUCUAAAAAGUGGGUUUCUUGCCUAUAAAUACAUGCUGAUAAUCUGUACAGUUCUUAAGGGGCUUUGCUGAAAGGAUUCAUUUAUUCUGAUAUUCCUCUCUUUUUUUCCCCCUGGAACCCCAUUGUUGUUUAGACCUGCAGAACUCCCAAGAAAAGUUUUACUAUGGAAAUGGUGGAACAUUUUUCAUUUUGUCAGCUUCCUUUUAAUACAGAAUCAAAAGGACUAAAGCAGUUGUUAGCUUUUUGAUGUUUUUAUUGAUUGUAUAUAAUGGACUAAAGCCUCAUUUGUCACUUCCUUCCACCUAUACAGUAAGAAGGCAGCUAAAUGAUAAGACAUCUCUUAGUGUCUUAAUCAAAAUGUGAAAAUCCCUGCUAAUUUUGAGUAGAAAAAUUUCUUCUUUUGACUUUGAGAAGAAUACAUUCAUAUAGAACUAUCUAAUUGUUAACGAUUAAAAUAAAGAUAAACACAGGUCUGUUAAGAGGGAGAGAGGAUGCUCUAAUAUGAUGCAUAUGCAUCUGUGGCUCCUCGUUUUGUUUCUGUGGACUCACUGGGGCUGCAGGUAUUCAUUGCAGCCAGUUAAUUGUUAAUCAUUUAAUUGAAUCAUUUUUCUCCUAUCAUUCCCCUCUAUUAUUUACUGCUAAUGUACAUUAUGUUUUAGAUUUAUGAGAAUGUUUUAAUGUUUUGUGAGCCAAAGCUAAGUAAUAUCUGACCGUAAUAUGUUUUUUUUUUAUUAUUAUCUAAGUAUUUUAUUCUAAGAACUCCAAAGCCUGAUGCAAAUGCUGCCAGGGUAACUCAGCUGGGCUUGGCCUGCUUGUUUGUUUUAGGCUGAAGAGCAAUUAAAGGCUCAGAAUUAUACAACUAAAAUUAAAAGAGGACUCCUGCACAGUAAACAUACACAGACAAGUAGACAGUCUGUACUGUUGCUGAUUCUGAGGUGGCAGACAGAGAUCAGACAUGGGAAAAUAAAUGACUUGUUACUUUAACAGCAAGAAUUGGAUUCAUAUUCUAAUACAUUUGUUACAGCAAAAACCAGCUGCCCUACUGGACACCCAGCAACAAUAUUAAAGGAAUGUUUCACUCAAAAAAGAUAUCUGUUACUUAGCCCGCACUGUUUGUAGUGAUGACAGUGACAAAAUUUAAAUCUCAUGUUCUGAUGGGGACUGGAGAUAAGAACAUUCAGUGAGCUUCAUAUGGGAAUCAAAAUUAGCCAACAGCAAACAAUAUCAGUACACCCAUGGGAAAAUUUUAAUUACUCAUGACGUGUCCAAGUCAUACGCUCACUACAUCUCAAACUUUUUUUUAAACCAUUUCUACAAAAUCCUCUCAUGUAUGAUAGUGAAGGUAACACACAAAAAAGAGAUUGAGCAUUUGAAUUGAAGACCUUCCUCUUCCAUCAUGUAUUGGUUGUUACAUUUAUCAUAGUGGUAGGCCUCAAACUCGUGGUUUCAAGUUUGUGAAGUAGCCACAAUGAAUUUAUUUUUUUUCUUGUUAAGGCAUCUUGGAUAUGCACACAUACAAGACACUUUUAUCACAGAGUGAUAAUGCUUUCACUUGCUUUACUUUAAGUUUUAAUUAUAAACUCCCUCAGACCACAUUUUGUAAUGCUGAUCAGGUAAAACACCAUGGCAACCAAUGAAGGAGAUGUUACUGGGCAGGACCGCUGACCAAUGAAUGGUGAAGGAGAUGAGUCUUCAAUUCAAAUGCUUAAUAUCUUCAAGGCUCUUCAUUGUUGUGGCCCAAGAGGCUUUUUCUGGAAAUAGUUUAUUUGCCAAUACAAAAAAUGUUGUGAACAUAUGACUGGAUACUUGACUUUCAGAUUAGGUCAGACAAAUAAAAUGAUUGUUUCAUGGACAAUUAAAUUUUGCUGCUGUUUUGCCCCAUUGAAUCCCACUUUAUCAGACAUUCUAUUAUCUCCAUUUUCUGUGAAAGCAAUCAGAUGAAAACAUUUUGUUGGCUGUACUACAAAAAAUCUUAAGUGUGUAACAGAUACAAAGUGAUUAUUUUUGGCUGGAGUAUUCCUUUACGACAUACAUAUACUAUAGUCAUGUUGACCCUUCAAACUCACCAGUACCCAAAAAAGAUGGUGUCAGAUAUGAAGUUAAAAAAAAACACAACACACAUACUAGCUUUUAAUUAAAUACAAUAGAUAGGCCUACAGCAGCACAUUAAAAACAGUUUUUGCAGGGUACCAAGCAAGUAUCGUUUAGGAGUACGAAUCCCUCUCAAGCUUUUGGGUAGCCAAUUUUCCUCGCCUCACCCAACCAGCUUGUCCCACUUAUUUCUAUUUCCCCCUACGUGCUCCAAGCAUUUUUCCCACUCUAGCCAUGCCUCUUUGCCUUACUGUGUGGUCAUAAGUCAACCACAGCCUAGCAGUGCUGUCUCCUAAUGGCCCUUAGACAAUUUGUAACCCUGAUUCUCAGCUACACUCUUUAAAUAAGCUGGACAAAGUUGAAAUUGCUUUUACCAGUACCAGAUCGACAAAACCCCUGUGCCUCCACUCUGAAUAUCCUAGCUUUUUUCUGCAGCGGCAAAAAUACUGAAUCAGGUAGAUAAAGGAGCAACAUCUUCGCAAGAACUAGCACUCAAUACUGGUGCACCUACAUAUAAACGGUUAACACCUAGCAGAUAUGGAUGAUGCACUCUUGAUCCCUUAUUUAUACGAUCAGAUAUCUCCUAACUCCUCCAUUGACCACAAUUUUGGUACACCAGUGAUGUUUUUGGGAGUACACCCAUAGAGGCUUGUCACUUGCACUAGAGAUCAAAGAACCCUCUGAAAAUAGCUCUUUUUUUUAAUCUGUAUGGUUUUAUUUUCUGUCCAGGUCAUAAACUCAGUAGCAUAUCAUCUGUCUGCACUGCUUUGGUGGUUUACCUCAUGAUAAAAGGUAUGCGUCAUUUGAUGUUUAACUGUAUUAAAGAAACAGAUGAUAAUCCGAUUAAAUUAAAUUCAGUUUCAGAUAUGCUUAGUUUGUAGGAAUGAAAGUUUUUAACUCACUACCAAAACACUGUGUACCUACUGUAUCUUUAGGGAACAAUAUUAAAAAUAUGUGGGAAAGAAAAAAAAAUCUAGGGCAGGAGUGGUACCAAUUUGUCAGUACAUUCUGGUUAUCUAAGUACGCUGAUUGUUCAUGAAACAAAAUAUAUGAGGAAUGUAAAUAAAAGUAAGAGUUUUAAAUAUUUUAUGGUUUUUACAUUACCUGCUGGAAACUAUUUGGAAAAUGUGCCCUUUUCUUUAGGUCAUCUGUACAAGGUUCUUGAUACGCAUCAAGGUUUCCAUUAUACAGCUGGAUUUUUUAGUGUCUAGGCGCAUAGUAAUUUGUUUUAAACUGCAGUCAAAGACAGCAUCUUGUGCUAAUUUAUAAUGUGGAAGUAUUAACGGACAUCUUAUGUACCAAAUCAUUAUGCGACUAAGCAGUCAGAGAACAGCCCAAAGAACUUCAGUGUCAUGCCACAUGUGUCACAUUUGCGAUUCAGAAACAGUGAUCUGUAGUUUAACCUGGUGAUUCACUCAACAGGCAAGUCAGCCUUUUUUAUUUUAUAAAUCUAUAAGACAUUGGUAAAGCAUUUUUGUUUUGUUUGCUAUAUUUCUUUGUAUAAUGCACUUUGUUACUUUUAAUUCUGCAACCUAUUUUGUAUAGGUUUGUUUUUUUUUGUUUGUUUCCUUACAUUUUAAUAUAGCAUCCCAAUAUUACAAGUG